GGGCGCGCCGCGCAGGCGCAGGGGCCGCGAGCGCGAGCGCCGAGCGAUCGACAAGAUGGAGGAGGCGCGGGUGGUUCCGAGCGACAUCUACCCGCAGGUUUACAGCUUCCUCCUGGAGAACAAGCUGCAGAAAGCGGCCAAGGAGUUCCUCAAGCAAACCAGCGUGAAAGCCCCAGAUCCUAAAUCACCAUCUCUUGUGGAUUUCUAUGAUUUUUGGGUGAAAUCACCUGAAGCAUCAAAUAAAAGGAAACAAGAGCUCAAUGGUCCGCCUGCAAAAAAAGUGAAGAAAGAGGAGUCGUCCAGUAGCUCUGACAGCUCUGAUGAAGAAGAGACACCAAAGAAACCUGUGAGCAAGCCGGCAUGUACUCCUAAAGUCACUAAAGCCGUGACUAAGAAAAUUGCUGUAAAGAAGAAAAGCAGCAGCGAUGACUCAAGUUCUUCGGAUUUUGAAGAAGAGAAGAAACCUCCACAGAAGAACAAAGGUGCAAAAACACCGGUUUCUGCAAAAACACCGGUUUCUGCAAAAACACCGGUUUCUGCAAAAUCGACGGUUUCUGCAAAAUCGACGGUUUCUGCAAAAUCGACGGUUUCUGCAAAAUCGACGGUUUCUGCAAAAUCAACGGUUUCUGCAAAAACAACGGUUUCUGCAACAAAACCACUUCCAGUCACCAAGCCAGCUGUGCGAAAGAAGGAUGAGAGUUCCAGUAGUGAAGAUUCAGACAGCUCUGAGGAUGAGAAGCCAGCUCCAAAAGUUGCUGCAAAAGCUACUGUAAAAUCAGUUCCUCCAAAAGCUGCCACUCAAAAGAAGAAAGAGAGCAGCAGUGAUGAUUCCAGCGAUGACUCCAGUGAUUCAGACUCUGCAAAGAAGCCGCCUGUCCAGAAACUAACUCUUGGUAAAGCUCCAACUGCACAAUCCCUGGCUGCUGGAAAAGCUGUGACUCCAGCCAAAGCAAAAGCAGCAGUGGCCAGUAAGAAAGAAAGUUCAAGCAGCGAAGAGUCCGAGAGUUCAGAAGAUGAGAAACCUGCUCCGAAAAGCAAAUCAAAAUCAGGUGCUUACAGUGCAGUACCUCCUCCCACGCAAGUGAAGAAAAAAGCAGCAGCAGCAGUCACAGUCAAGAAACCAGUAGCAGCUGCUGCUAAGAAGGAAAGCAGUGAUUCGUCAGACAGCAGUUCAGACAGCAGUGAUGAUGAGGAGCCCAAGAAACCUGCCGUAAAAGUUGCACCAGUGAAACCUGCCAGUAAACCACCCACAAAACAUGCCGCAGCUGCUCAGAAUGCAGCAGGCAAGAAAGCCGAUUCCAGCUCAGACAGCGAGUCAGAUUCCAGCUCUGAAGAGGAACAGCCUGCAAAGCCAGCAGUAAAAUCAGUUAAAUCCGUUCCAAAGGAGGAGUCCAGUUCAUCUGAUAGCUCAGACUCUGAAAGCCCUAAAGAGAAAAAGGCAGCGAUUGUGGCAAAACGAGUGGCUAAAGCUGCAGUGAAAGGAAAGAAAGCAGAGAGCAGCUCUGACUCUGAUAGUUCCAGUGAGUCUGAUGAAAAGACUAAGCCUUCUCCAGCUGUUAAACCACGUAAAGCAGCUACUACUGCACCUGCAAAACCAGCCGCAAAGCCAGGUGCUUCAGCAGCCAAAGCCAAGGCUGCUGCUGAAGAGAGCAGCUCAGAUUCUGAUAGCUCAAGCAGCGAGGAAGAGGCAAAGCCCACAGCAAAAGUGGUGAAACCAACUACUCCGGCCGCCAAAGCAAAAUCUCUGGCCGUGGCCGCCAAAGCAAAAUCUCAGGCCGCGGCCGCCAAAGCAAAAUCUCCUGCCGUGGCCACCAAAGCUGCAGUAGCAAAACAAGCCGAAACUAGCAGUUCUGAAGAUUCUUCAAGCGAUGAAGAGCCCAAAGCAAAAACGACGGCCACCCGAAUGAAAAAAGCAGCCACUCCAGCGAAGAAGGCCGCCACUCAAUUAGGCGCAAAGCCUGCCACACAGAAAAGGGAAAGCAGCAGCUCAGACAGCUCGGACUCAGAAGAGGAGAAGCCAAAAGCAAAAGUAGGCACGACGAAAACAAAAGUAGGCGCGCCAAAUGGUGUGAAAGCGUCUGCGAAAAAAGCAAAGGAGAGCAGUUCUGAAGACAGCUCCUCUGAGGAGGAUGAGAAAAAAGCCACGCCAGCUGUAAACGGAACUGUGAAUACCAAGAGGAAACAAGAAAGCUCCUCUUCGUCAGAAACUGAGGAUGAAAAAGUUUGCUCAACACCAGCCAAUCAGAAUCUGGAACCAAAAACCCCAAACACAUUUCCACAAGUUAAAAAGAAAAAUAAAUCAGCCAAGGUGACAACUGAAUCCAAGACCCCUCAACCUAAUACUCCUUUCCGUAGAGUAAGAGAAGAUGAAAUUGAAAUUGACCCGCGCCUUUCAAAUAACUCAUUUUCUGCAAAGAAAGGAGCGCAAGGAGACUGGGGCGAAAAGGCCAAUAACACCCUAAAGUUCACAAAAGGAAAAUCCUUCAGACAUGAAAAGACCAAGAAAAAGCGAGGCAGCUACUGUGGUGGCCAGAUUGACAUGGCUGUGAAUUCAGUCAAAUUUGACAGUGAUUAAAUAAUUUCCAUGCAAUACUUAAUUUAAGAUAACAUGUUUGGACUAUGUAGUUUCAGUAUUGUGCCCUUUUUUAAAAAAAGUAAAUGGUUUAAUCUUUUGAAACUGAUUUGUUUCAGACGAAGCUUCAAAAUCCUAAUUUUAAACUGUUCUAUUUUUUUGUUGAACUUUGUGCUUUCUGUAUGAACAACUGGAUUCAGCAUUAAUUUCAGAAUAUGGUAUUUUAAACUGACUGUAGUUCCGUGUGAGUAUUGGAAUGAUAAUGUUUUGUUCAAAUCGUUCAUAUAACAAGAAAAUUAUGGAAACUUUGUAAGUAACACCAGGUGUUGACAUUCAAUAAACCAUGUCUUAAGCUAAAGUA